GGUGGAGGGUGACCGCAACACGACGAGGACCAUGGCCCACGCCAGGCAGAACGAGGUUGAAGAGGAGGAAGAAGAGGAGGAGGAAGAGGAGGAGGAGAUGAUACAGGAGGAGAAUCCUUGGUCACUAUACCGUGAUAUGCCCUCAUUUCGCUUUCAGAAGUUUUUAGACGAUGCCCUCAAAAAGCUUUACGCCGUUAACAGUAAAGAAGCUCAGGAUUUACGGCACCUUGUAUCAAAAGGAAAUUCAAUUGAAAUCUUCGAAGCUUUAUGGAACAUGGAUGAAGCACAUGAGAUCUUGGUGCCGCCUGAGAAGUUGACAUUUGAAGCUGAAACAAUGAAAAGUACAGAAGAGUCAAUAAUAUACAAGAAACGCGGCGAUUUGUAUGUCGACAGCAAUAAGGAUUUAGCACUGUGGUAUUAUAACAGGAGCAUCUUAUUUGCUCCUCAUCCUCCUAUUCGUAUUGGCAACAGAAUGUACAGCGCCGGUCCAGAGGACGUGAAUGAAGACUUUGGGAACCUGGAUUACACAUUCUUGACUCGAUGCUACGGAGCCAGAGCGAUGCUGUUGUUUAGUAUGGGCAAGUUCGUACUGUGUUUGAAGGACAUUAGCAUUGCUCAGCGUCUGGGCUGCCCGAGUGAUAUAAAAGAAGAUUUGGAGGAUAUGAAAGCACACUGCAAUGAAAUGAUGUCAGAAGAUGAACAGCCUUCCGUGCAUGUUGCUGCUUUUCAUUUCAUGUGUCCCGAACCCCCUGCCUUGGAAGAUCCUAAUCCUAAUUUACCAUCAGCCAGCAGCGCCGUGAGUCUGGCCCACAAUGAUGCAGGAAACAGGCGACACCUCUAUGCAAACAGAGAUAUCAAACAAGGUGAGAUCCUCAUUGUGGAGAACAGCUACUGCAGCGCUCUGUUACCGAAGUACAUGAGACUUUUUUGCUCAUUUUGUCUACGGAGGACCUGGACGCCUCUCCCCUGCCCGGCUUGCACACAGGUGGGGUUCUGCAGCUUCCCCUGUAGAACAAAAGCACUGACGGGACUCCACGGACGAGAGUGUCCCAUCCUUAUGCGCAUUAACUAUCUAAACAUACAAGUAAGAGGAAUUCUAGCAUGCAGAAUUCUGUUCAAGACCACUUUUGACAAACUGAAGAAACACUAUGAAAUUAUUAUGGUAGAAGGAAAGAAGCCGUUACAAGUUAGAGGCAUCACACGAGAUGGUGUAUUCUCUUCAGGCAACUAUUUGUCAGUGUACAGCAUGGUGGGCAGAAAAAUACACAACAAAAAGGACAAAGUGGCUAGAGCAAUGGAAGCCUUCGUUUUGCUCAAGCUACUAAUAGCCAGCAAUCGUUUCUUCAUAGAUGCAGAUGGUUGGCGUCUGGAUCCAAGCUGGGAGGACCAGUUAUUCACAGGAUCGCUCCUGGUGCACCAUCUCACGAAUCUCUGGGGCACAGCGAAUGCAUUCUUCGAAACUGAUAUUAUGGAGCUUGACUGCACCCAAAACCCCAUGAAAGCUGUUGGUGCUGGAGUGUUUCCGGUCACCAAUCUAGCUAUGGACCAUGAAUCCUACGCACCGUGCGCCUACUUUAACCACGGCCAACACCUUGUAAUGCGGGCCACGCGUGGUAUACCUGCCGGGACGGUUCUGAAAUGCAGUUAUUCUGAUUACAUAUGGAAAUGUAUGCCGGGAGAAAAUGACGAGAUAUUUGCUCAAGAUGUCUUCGGAUGUCCCGACGACGGCGUGAUUGAGGAUGUGGGAGACCUGAUGGUGGGUGAGCUUUCCCUGAAGUGCGUGAAGUGUCAAGGGAAGGUGAAAUCUGUGUGCUCCAAGUGUAACCUUGAAUACAACAAGGUCAGCCCCGUACCCGGCAUCCCUAACCUAACCACCUACGACCAUCAGGAGGUUAUGGCAAUGGUUAAUGAAGUUAUGCGGCGUUAUCAGUGUAGUCGUGAUGACAUACGUAGACGUCUAAUCGGCAUGGAUGACCUCGACAACGUGCGUGAAACAAUCUCCUGCUUCGACAAAUAUGUCCACCUGCCUAACACCGUGCACCGCGAUGCCCAGCUCAUGUACAUCAUCAUCAUGAAUCACAUGACUUGCUCCGUGUACUACGAUAAGAUGUCCGGGCCUGGUUGCACCAUCUGCUAAUGCAGUGACCUAAACUUGUGCUACGGUGAUAGUGACUACUGUUUUUAUCAAGUUCCAGUAUGUUUAAAAAUCAGUUAGUCUUAAGAAAGUCAUGUAUGACUUUUAUAUUACUUUUUUAAGCUUUUUAUUACAUUUUAAACUUCACAGUCCUGGCUGAAGAGGCUUUUUAACUUUUUAACUGGUGAACGUGAGCUAUCUAUGUUACUUUAAAUGUUGCUUAAACUUGUU